UACAACAUAGGAGGAAAUGGAAGCUAAAAGUUUGACAAUGUCAAGCUCUUCUUUGCAUUUGCUCCAAGUCUUAUUAUUAUCUUUUUCCAUUCCUCUUCUCAUGUCAAACAUGCAGACAAUCUCAGGCGCUGUGACUACUAAAGCCAAUUCUACCAGAACUUACAAAAAUUUCAUCAAAACAGCCUGCAACACAACCAGGUACCCCAAAGAGUGCAACAAAGCUCUCUCCCCUUUUGCAUCCACCAUUAAAACCGAUCCCCAGAAGCUUUGCGACACAGUCUUGUCCUUAACGCUAAAUGCCACACGCAAUACGUCUUCAUCAAUAGAAUCACUGUCAAAAAUGAAGGGGUUAAGUCCUUCCGAAACCGAAAUCAUCCGUGAUUGUUCUGAAACUGUAGGUGAUGCCAUCGACGAGCUCACGGACUCCUUGACAAUGGCCAGGGCGCAAGGCUCGGAACGUAGGACGGAAAUGGGUAACGUAAGGACUUGGGUUAGCGCCGCCCUGACGAAUGAGUACACAUGCACGGAUGAAUUUGAAGGCCAGAAAGUAAGCAAAGCUGUGAACAACACAAUCAAGAAGAGCGUGGUAUCUGCCAAAAUGACUAGCAAUUGUUUGGCUCUUUUCAAUUUACUGGAUUACUGAAGUGUUAUCAUUAAUUAUCAUCUUUGUUUUAUUGUUUAAUGCAGAUGUGUAUAUAUAUAUAUAUAUAUAUAUAUAUAUAUAUAUAUAUUUCUUGAAAGGCUUAAUACAGAUGUAUAUGGUGUAAGUUAAUUCUAUUAGAAGGGUGCAAUAUGUAUCUGAAAUUAUGUUUAUCUCUAAUCCACUAGAUACAAUAAUGAUGUAAAAUUGUAUUUCUUAUUGCAUAUGCUCUUAUACUUGUUAUAUAUAUUUGAUUUUAGAAUUUUAAGAU